AUGGGCGCAAACACCGCAGAGCUCCUCCUGCGGGUCUGCGCAGACAUUGCCGCACACCUCGUCGACGCCCACGACAAUGCCCAGCCCGUAUCCCUCAACCACCUCCGCACCCGCAUCGCCAAAAAGCACGCCUACAACGGCGUACCCAGGCUCACCGACAUCAUCGCCGCCAUCCCAGAUGCCUACCGCAAGUCCCUCGUACCCGCCCUCAAGGCAAAACCCGUACGCUCCGCAUCCGGCAUCGCCGUCGUCGCCGUCAUGUGCAAGCCACACCGAUGCCCGCACAUCGCCCUCACCGGAAACAUCUGCGUAUACUGCCCCGGCGGUCCCGACUCCGACUUCGAGUACAGCACACAGUCCUACACCGGCUACGAGCCCACCUCGAUGCGCGCCAUCCGCGCACGCUACGACCCCUACGAGCAGUCCAAGUCGCGCGUACAGCAGCUCCGCGAGCUCGGUCACCCCGUCGACAAGGUCGAGUACAUCAUCAUGGGCGGCACCUUUAUGAGCCUCUCGCAAGACUACCGCGACACCUUCAUCGCCCAGCUCCACAACGCACUCAGCGGCUUCAACGGCACCGACGUCGACGAGGCCGUCCGCUACUCGGAGCGCGCACUCACAAAGUGCAUCGGCAUCACCAUCGAGACGCGCCCCGACUACUGCCUCCGCCCGCACCUCUCCCAGAUGCUCCGCUACGGCUGCACCCGCCUCGAGAUCGGCGUCCAGUCCGUCUACGAGGACGUCGCCCGCGACACCAACCGCGGCCACACCGUAAAGGCCGUCUGCGAGACCUUCCAGCUGGCCAAGGACGCCGGCUACAAGAUCGUCGCCCACAUGAUGCCCGACCUGCCCAACGUCGGCGUCGAGCGCGACAUGGAGCAGUUCAAAGAGUACUUUGAGAACCCGGCAUUCCGCACCGACGGCCUCAAGCUCUACCCGACCCUCGUCAUCCGCGGCACCGGCCUCUACGAGCUGUGGCGUACGGGCCGCUACCGCAACUACACGCCCUCGUUCCUCGUCGACCUCGUGGCGCGCAUCCUCGCCCUCGUCCCGCCCUGGACGCGCGUCUACCGCGUACAGCGCGACAUCCCCAUGCCCCUCGUAUCCUCGGGCGUCGAAAACGGCAACCUGCGCGAGCUCGCCCUGGAGCGGAUGCGCGACUUUGGCGUCACCUGCCGCGACGUCCGCUACCGCGAGGUGGGUCUGCACGAGAUCCACACGCGCGUCCGCCCCGAGGAAGUCGAGUUCAUCCGGCGCGACUACACCGCCAAUGGCGGGUGGGAGAGUUUUCUGGCCUACGAGGAUCCGGAGCGCGACAUUCUCAUUGCGCUGCUGCGCCUGCGCAAGUGCAGCGCCGCGGGCACCUACCGGCCGGAGCUGGUGCGCCAUGGGCAGUGCUCGAUUGUGCGCGAGCUGCACACGUACGGCAGCGCCGUGCCCAUCCACUCGCGCGACCCGACCAAGUUCCAGCACCAGGGCUUCGGCACGCUCCUCAUGGAGCAGGCCGAGCGCAUCGCCCGCGACGAGCACGGCAGCCGCAAGCUCGCCGUCAUCAGCGGCGUCGGGACGCGCGACUACUACCGCAGGCUCGGGUACCACCUCGAGGGGCCUUAUAUGGUCAAGAUGCUUGUCGACGAGGACGAGGACGAGGGCGAGGGCGAGGAUGAGGGUGCGUGGUCGGUGCGCGGCGCACCAGGCGACGACGACGACGACGGAUAUUACUACUGA